GAGUAUAAGUAGUGCACUAUGUCGGCAAAACGUGGAGCAGAAUUUCUGAAACAAAUAUCCGAGUUUAUGGUAAAAUCUAAUUCUUUUGAUAAAGUUACACAAAAAAUAAAAAUUGUUGAUGGUGGUGAUGGCAAAUGUGUUGCAGAAUUUGCAGUUGCUAAAGAGGACUUAAAUUACCAUGGCUCACUACAUGGUGGAUUGGCUGCAACACUUGUCGAUAAUAUCACUACUUAUGCAUUGAUGUCAAAACCAUGUCAUCCGGGUGUGUCCGUAGAAUUACAAAUCAAGUUCUUGAACGCAGCAAAGGAGGGUGAUGUGCUCAUAUUCAACGCACAAACUGUACGUGCAGGCAAAAAACUAGCUUUUAUUGAAUGCGAAUUGCGUCAGAAAUGUGAUAACUCUUUGGUAGCAAAAGGACAACAAACUAAAUUUGUUGAUUUUGAAUAAAAUAUAUGGUCAAACUUUAAACUAUAAAGUAUACAUUAUGCUAUUAUUACAUUUAUGUUGACGUUGGCAACUCUACUUAUAU